AUGCCGCUAAUGUACCAUGCACUCCUUUUGGCUAUCGGACUGUUUCGGAUAGCGGAGGGGCUGGCGGACAACGAAAUCCCGGAACACUACCAGAUUGUCGACCGGAUUCUGAAGGGUUACAACCGGGAUAUGAUCCCGAAAUUCAUGAAUCGCAGCGUCGAUGUGAAAUUCUCGAUGGAACUGUAUCAGAUUAUUGAAGUGAACGAGCCACAACAAUAUUUAAUGUUGAAUUCAUGGAUUGUAGAGCGGUGGGUCGACGGGAUGCUUGGCUGGAAUCCAGAAGACUUCGAUGGCACCUCAGAAAUCGUGCUUCCACAUUCAAAAAUCUGGCUUCCGGACACGACGCUUUACAACUCCCUGGUAAUGGACGAGGGUGAGACUCGUCGUCUUUUGAAUGCCAAAUUGACCACCAUUAACAACGGUACCGGCGCUUACGUUGAGAUGCUUUAUCCAACGAUCUACAAAUUGAGUUGCAACCUUGAUGUUAGAUUCUUCCCGUUUGACGUUCAAAAGUGUAGUUUGACUUUUGGAAGCUGGACGUUCGACAAUACCUAUAUUGAUUACCAUCCGUAUAGUGGAGCUAUUGGAACGACGAAUUGCAUAGAAAAUGAAGGAUGGAAUGUUUUACGAACUGAAGUCGAACGAAAGGAAAACAAAUACGACUGCUGCCCCAAUAAUUACACCUUACUUACCUUUGCCAUCCACAUCCAACGAAAGCCGCUCUACUACGUUAUUAAUCUAAUUCUGCCUACUAGUAUUAUAACAAUCAUUUCGAUUGUAGGAUUCUUCAGCUCGUCCUCCCCGCACGAAGUGCGGCAGGAGAAAAUCACGCUCGGUAUCACCACACUGCUCUCAAUGUCGAUUCUAAUUCUGAUGGUCUCGGAUAAAAUGCCUUCCACGUCUUCGUUCAUUCCGCUAAUCGGGUGGUUCUAUACGGCUAUGAUCAGUCUCAUCUCGGUGGCUACCAUUUUUGCCUCGCUAGUCAUUUGGAUUCAAAAGAAGGGAAUUGUUGGAACAGCUCCGCCGCCAAAAUUAAUGUGGUGGGCACGGUUGGUCGGCCGAAGAGUCUAUUUGGAGUUGCCGCUCCUUAUGAAGCAGGCUUAUGCCAGGAAAGCGGCGGAAGAAAAAGCCCGGAACGCCGGCCGGAAGCCCAGCCUUUGGCAAAAGGUCUACAAGAUGAGCCGGACCAGUAAUAUUUUCACGACCACGCAAACACAGAAGGUGGUGAACGCUUUCGGGAACCAAAACGGCGCAGCGGCCAGGCCGAUGAAGCCGAAAAGUUUUCCGAAUUUGGCGAACGUCUCGGCAAUGAAGGGCGCAAGUGAGCCACCUGUACAAAAGAAGAGCUUGGCGUUUUCAAUUGACGAUCGAGACUUUGACCCCGAGGAUAGACCAAGUCCACCCAAAGAUAACACCCCGAUGAUCGAUGAUGAAGAAGCGCCUGAAGACAUUAUACGGAAGUACAAGCCGGCCAAGCAGCUGCGGAGCCCUACCAGCAUCGCUUCCUAUGAUAAUUUGUUCCGGAAUUUUGAGCCCGGACCUGGUAUGGGAUCAGCAGCCCCCACCAAUACCGAACGUCGUAACCUCGCCCAACUCGAGUACGACUGGCUGGCCGCCGUCUUUGAGCGCAUUUGCCUGCUCGUUUUCAUUGUCCUGUUCCUUUUCAUGUCGGUCGGCAUUAACAUGCUUGGCUGGUAUUACUGGAAAAACGCCGAAUACAAACUCCUUCGAAUCUCCGCC